AUUCCAGUCUUCGUGGUCGAAGAGCUCGAUGGUGAAGAUGAAGCAUCGUCCAAGUGGAUACAUUCUAGAUGUUUUCCACCAGCGGGCAUCGCCAAUUAGUCUGAAUCAUCGAUCAAUCCGCAUCCAUACGUCAAUCAAUAUUACUCGCAUCUAAACAUGUCCAUUUCUAGCCUCCAAGACAAAGUCGCGAUAAUCACCGGUUGCAGCUCCGGUAUCGGCCUAGCAACUACACGUUUGUUCCUCGAACGAGGCGCUUCAGUGUUCGGAAUAGACAUCGGCGAACAGCCGCAGAAGCUCGCUGAAGACUACUCAACAUUCACCUUCUAUAAGACUGAUCUUACCGAGUCGCAAGCUGCUGAGCAUGCUGUAGCGAAGUGCGUCGGCAAACACAACCGCAUCGAUGUCCUGGUCAAUUGCGCGGGCGUGAGCGAUGGUUGGAGCAGCGCCGACACGAUUCACGAAGAAGAGUGGGAGAGGGUCAUGUCUAUCAACCUGACAGUGCCUAUUCGCAUGAUGAAGGCUGUAUUGCCGGCGAUGAAGGAACAAAAGGGUGGUUCUAUCGUCAACGUUGGAAGUAAAGCAGGAACUUCGGGGGCGAGUGCUGGUAUUGCGUACACUGCAAGCAAACAUGGUCUGGUGGGUGCUACAAAAAACGUUGCCUGGCGAUUCCAUAAGGAAGGCAUUCGAUGCAAUGGCGUGCUGCCUGGCGGCGUUGCAACCAACAUCGCAUCAUCAGUGCAGAUGCAGCACUUUGAUUCUGCUGGCUUCAAUGCUUUCUUCCCUAUUGUGCAAAUGCACGUAUCGAAAGACAGCGAGGGAACGCCGGUUCCUUACAUUGGAGUGGAUAACGUGGCGCGUGGCAUUGCUUUUCUGGCUUCAGAAGAGUCGACGAUGAUUAAUGGGGCAAUGAUACCGAUUGAUAAUGCGUGGUCCACUAUAUAACAUAAGGUUUCUACAGUAAUACAGUAGCUGCAUCAGUAAGUUAAAGCCGGCUUUAUGAUAUCAUACCGGUGCUAAGACACCACAAUUUAUUCGUCAAGU